AUGACGACAAAGCCGCUACCACCGCGAAUAGUAUUACAGACUGCACUCACAAUCUCCACCACUACCACAAUCACAAUCGCAGCGACCAUGCCCGCCUUCCACGAUACAUGGCUCUCGCCAAACAUCAGCAUCCCCCCAAUCUCUACCGGAGCCGAUCACAAUCACCACGACCGGUCGACUUCAGGUUUGCAAAUCUGCCGCCUCUGCAGCGACGGCUUCCACACCGAGAACAACCUCUCACACACUCGGGCUCGAUCCCCAUGCGCCGACCUUUCCUGCACCGGCUGCACGUGGCUGUGGCGCAACGGCGACUCCGCCUGUCGCAGAUGCGUCGCGCGCUUCCCUUGCCCGUUUCGGGCUCCGGCGUCGGGGUCGGCAGGGGUUGAUGGUCUGCCGAGCUUAAGCUACCGCGUCCUGGUGCCGGAUGAAGGUUAUGAGGGCGGCGAUGAACGGGGCAUCAUUGCCAAGGUUGGAAACUUUCCAUCUGCCGGCUCAACAAAUUUGGCUAAGAAGGUCGACAGGCGCUUCGCGGCCGGGACGAUUGAGGGCCAUGACGCGGAUUCCUUAUCCGUACAUCGCAAGCGACGCCUCGCUAUAACAGCGAUCUCGACACGACGGGUAGCAAAGCGGGGCCGAUGGAGGCUGCGGAAAGGACGGAGUCCUUGA